AAGGCCUCAAAACAAAGUUUUGCUACUGAUAUAAAAUUAUUACAAUUUUGAUUAUUUGACUUGCUGGUUGAUUUAAGCAAGGUAUAUUUUAUUUUGAAUGAAUUGCCUUACAGUAUAUUUAUAAUGAAUAAAAAAAUAUUUGAAAUUUUCUCGAGAUCUUUCAGAGCACCCCUAUUAAUGAAACAAGUUCGUGAAGAAAAUCGUCAGUAUCUUCAGUGAAAUUUUACGAUUUGCAGAUUGCUGUUGUGUUUUUAGGUCAUUAAAAUUUGUUUGUAUUUUCAAUGAUUUGAAUGUAGUUUUAUAAUUUCGAAUUCAUUACAUCGGUAUGUUUUGUAUGAGAUAACAUCUUAUCGAGGUACAGUAUUACAGAACAUGAAACCAAAUAUAUUUAAUGUUCACAGACUUACAUGGUGAAAACUGUAUAGGGCCUCCGAUAAAGGGGGCCGGAUGGCCAUGCCCCCCUCCCCCACUUUUUUGCAAAACAAUAGAGCUUUUUCCAAGAUCUUAUGUUAUGGGUGUUAAAUUUUCCUUUGUCCCCCUCACUUUGUCUCGGAGCCCAUGCUGUAGGGUCGUGGUAUAGCUAUUGGCAAGAUCAUAUCAUAGAAAAUAACUUGGGGACAACCACAGAUGCUAUGCGCCUGAGAAAAUCUUGGAAAAUUUGGAACUACUGUGAUAUAAUAUCAGCCAACAGCAUAGAUGCUAGCCAAAUGUUUUUUCAACAUAGAGCCAAUAUGUUCGAAAAAACAGCAAUUUGCCCUUUCGGCGCUAAGUUCGACAAAAAAAUAAUGAACAAAACUUAGAACAGCAAAAACUGGUUAUAAAUAAAUCUAUAUACAAAUCCGAUGCGAUACGUAAAACAUUUACAAAAAACUUUCAAUUCCGCUACGAUUAAUAUCUCACUCGAUAAAAUUGGCACUCUUUGCAUUACAGUCUCUAUCUGUGCUCUCAGAGCACUCCAAUAAAACCGAACUUAAAGACUCAUUGCCAGCAAUGAGCCUUUGCGAGCGUGACAAAUUGUCCUAGUGACGACUCAAACAAUGGCAGUAAACUUCUACGGAUUAACCAGAAUCGAUUUCAGAUUGUCUGAAAAUGCAUUAUGGGAUGCUUGCGUAGCGCAAUGGCUCAUUGUUAGCAAUGAAUCUUUAACUCUUCAACCCCUUCCAUGACUCUACUGCAAAAUUCUAAACUAAGUAAAUAUAAUUAAGUGCAUAUAAUAGGUAGGAAAAUCUUUUCUUCCCUCAAAAUGCUAACAAUUUAAAUACAAGUGCAAGUACAAAAAGCCAAAAUUUGAGUGCAUUAUAAACUUUGGCUACCAUACAUACAGCUAAUUAGAUGGAUAAUACUUACAUAAAAAGUGGAUUAACAUAAAAAGCAAGCUUGGGAAACCUUUUUAACACAAUAUGUAUAGAUAUUUUUACUAGGUUGGUAAAGAUUUUGAAAAACUAGGUUGAAAUAGAAACCCAGUUAAAACAGCCAGCUUUGAAUGAACCUGGCAGCUUAACCUACCUUUGAUCGAUUUUUAAUCAAUACUUGUAGCAAAUAUCCGUCCCUAUAGAAACACCACGAUAACUAUUAUUUUCCUGUUAAACCUGCAAAGAUGAUUGCACUCGUGUCAGACUUUGACGAAAGUUUUUCAGUUGCAUUAAGCGGAGGCUAUCACGGCUAAGCAGUGGUUAACUUCUUUUUAUAAGGACCUGCAGGUAUCAGUUAUACCGCAAUAUAAAGACUCGAUGUUUGAUACAGUUGAUGUGAAUAGAACAAUAGAGCACGGUGGACGAGUUUAGGGGGCAUGACAGCUAAUCGUGAAGCAGUGUAAUGAUCAAUUUGCUGUUCGAAAAACAGCCACACAAGUGAACGAUGUCAACCGAACGUUUAAUUUGUGAUGAAAAAGUUGAAGAGUGUUGCAGUCAGGACAAUGUCAAUAAAGAUGAAGAUGUUCGCGCCACAUUGCAUGGAACAGAAACGCAUUGUUGUGGAUCGCACAAACCUGAACAAGUUCCUGUUUCUAAUACCAGCAAUUACAACGCAUCAGAUGUAAGUGUAACUACCACACGCCUUCGUGUGCAGGGAAUAUGCUGUGGCCAAGAAGCAGAAUUAGUGAAAACCUUAUUGAUACCACUGGAGGGAGUGGUUUCUGUGUCAGUCAAUGUUGUUGCACGGACUGCGGUUGUGCGGCAUGACGAGAAGCUCUUGCUAAAUAGUGAUUUGGUCAAAAUUUUAAACGAUUACCACCUUGGAGUCAGCAUUCUCCAAUCAGGCACAGCUGUCUCAGACCGAGGAAAAACGACUUUUUUCACCUCUCAUACUACUGCAAUAAGCCUGCUUCUGUUAGUUUUGUGCCUUUUUUCUGUUGUUAUUUUUGCUAAUUUUUAUAACCAGCAGUGGAAGAUUUGGGUAACUGUGACACUUAUAGUAAUUGCUAGCUUGCCGAUACUCAAAAGAGCCUUUAACAGUUGGAGAAAAGGAAUUUUUCUCGAUGUUAACAUCUUGAUGUUAGUGGCAAUAUGUGGAGUAGCGGCCUUAAAGCAAUGGGUUGAAGGGGCCACGCUUGUUACCGUCUUUUAUAUUGCUGAUCUUCUACAGAGUUACUGUUUCUACAGAGUCGAGGAAGCUGUCUCAAAACUCGCAGUUGAAUCACCCUUGAAAGCUGUUUGUGCUGUCACAAAAGAACCAAUAGACUUGGACCGUGUGGUACCUGGGACGCUAUUGGCUAUAUGUGAAGGAGACAAAAUUCCACUCGAUGGCAUCGUUACCAAAGGCACUGGUAGUGUAGAUGAAUGCCUGAUUACCGGAGAAGCUACACCAAUCACAAAAAAGAAAGGAGAUUUUACUUACAGUGGAACCAUACUGCAGAGUGGAUACCUUGAGAUCGAGACAACAUCAACUUUUGAGAAUUCCACAAUGGCACAAAUAACUAAGAUGGUGCAAGUCUCUCAAGGAAAUGCGACCCAAGCUGAAGCCACUGUUAAUAAAUUUGCAAAGUUCUACACACCAUUGGUAUUAGUGUUAGCUGCUGCCGUAUUUUCUAUCCCCCUCAUCAUUGAUGUAUCAGAGAAUGGAUCUGUGGAUAAGAAAUCAUUCACCAUAUGGACAAAGCGUGCCUUAAUGGUACUUCUAGUAGCCUGUCCCUGUGCUCUACUCAUGUGCAUACCCAUCCCAGUCAUAAGCUGCAUUGUAGCUGCCGCAAAAAACGGCGUUCUUGUCAAGGGAGGUGCCACUGUGGAGGCGUUGGCAUUCGUGAAGACUGUCCUCUUCGACAAGACUGGCACACUGAGUGAGGGCAAGCUGCGCGUGAAUGAUGUUGAAAGUUAUUCGGAUCUCUUGAAAGCAAAAGAUGCAAUGAAAGAAUUCAUGGAAAUCAUAGCAGCAUUAGAGAAGAAAUCAAACCAUCCUGCUGCAACUGCUUUAGUCAAUUUUUUCUUUGGCUGCUUGGCACAAUAUCACUCGAAUAACACCGAAGAAGUGUCUACGCUUCCAGAAGUUUCUAAAUUUGAAAAUCUUCCAGGAUUAGGAAUAAGAGGCACUGUUGGGGAUCGAGAUGUUUUGAUUGGGAAUUUGGAUUUGAUGAAACUCUUUGAUGUGCCCUGCAAAAAGUGCAAUGAAGAUGUUCUUGAAUGGGCAGGGAAAGGAACUUCGGCUGUUUUGAUAGCUGUCGAUGGAGAGGUAUGUAUGGCCGUAGGGCUAUCUGACAGACCGCGAAGUACAGCGGCUGCAGCAGUACACGCAUUGAAGAACCAAUCGAUUGAAGUUUUGAUGGUAACUGGAGAUGGAAAUGGCCCAGCAUCAUCUAUUGCGAGGGAAGUUGGAAUCGAUAGAGUUUUUUCUAGCAUGAAACCGGAAGAUAAACUUCAGCUCAUCAACACUGCGAAGGACAAACGGAAGAGCCCUAAGGAUGCUAUUGCAAUGGUUGGUGAUGGUAUAAACGAUGUCCCUUCGCUGGUGGCUUCUGAUGUUGGAAUUGCAGUUGCUACAAGCGGCGUGGCGAUUACGUUGGAGUCCUCUGACGUCGUUUUGAUAAACGACAACAUUUCAAAGAUUUCUAGUAUAAUCUUGCUAAGCAAGCGUGUUCAUAGCAUUUGCUAUCAGAAUGUCAUGCUUGCUAUUGGAAUCAAGGCUGUGACUAUGAUAGUUAUUUUCUCAACCCAAUCUGGACUUUGGAUUGCAGUUUUGUCAGAUUUACUAGCUUUGAUUACAGUUGUUUUGAAUGGACUCAGGCCGUUGAUUUGGCGAGAUAAACAUGGAAACUGGAUAUAACGUAUUUGAUCAUAUAUAAUUAUUUAAUCAUCAUAAUUUUUCUAAAUCAACCGUGAUUGGUUGGUGUUUUUGACCAAUCAGCAAACACUAACCCAUCGCAUAGUCGAAGAGCCUAAUAAAAAUGAAUAACCAGUGGCAAGAACAGUUCGCCAUUCAAACACUUAUUUUCAAAAUGUACUGUUUGAGUGGAAUUUGCUUGAUAGUGAGAUCCAAAAUUGUACUUCAAUCACACAGUUUAAAAGGAAAUAGAUUUCAAUUAUUCGACCAGUUAAAAAUUCUACAUAUCGUGUAUCUGGUAUUCCAGGUAUAAGAUUAUUGACUAGGCUCUGCCUUCAGUUUAGUGAUAUGAACGAGCAUCGUUUCAGACAUGCAUUUGACUGCCUUACCCCUGUCUGUAUAUGUAGUUUAGCCGAUGAAGAAAUGAACAUUUUCUCCCGCAUUGUCCACAGUAUGACACCUUUCGUUUGGAUCUCUUUGAGCAGAUGUUUGACAUUCCCGAAAUGGAGCUUACUUGCUUAGACGAUAGAUCCCUGUGCAAUCUUCUUUUAUAUGAAAUCCCCGUUGUAAAGUGAUAGAAAAUAGUAUUAUUAUUGAAGCUACUAUAUAUCAUACAUAAAAAAUACGGGUCGGUUUGAUAAGGGAUAAUUGGAAUAAAAACGGCAACAACCCUUUAUUCUAUCUUAUUUUAUUUUUCCUUUUAAUUUGAAAUUAUCUUUCCCCUUAAAGGUCUGUCUAGGGCUAGAUGUUGGAAGGUCUGUGGGAAUAACUCAAAUCACUGAUCAAUCCAAUUAUAAAUUAUGGUUUCUGACGUCUAUCUUAAGACACACCUUUGGUACGCUUUAAUCUUUUUAAAAUUGUUGUGUUCAUUUCUCUUGUUAGUAAGUACAAUCAAAUGUUGUAUAUUGUAAGUGCCGUACAUAGCCAGAACUCGGUGACCAUGUGUCUUUUUUGGCUAUGAAUGGCACAUUUUAUUAAAUAUAUUGUGUCAGUUUUUAAUUGGAAUGCAAGAAAAUGAUGCUUUCCUGCAUACACAAAAUAACUUUGCUGUACAAAAUGCUUAUUUACUAAACGAAUUUGAACAGAAAAGGAGUCUUUGAGUGACACUGUAACCAAAUUAUACCUUUAGUGUAGUCCUAGCUAUAGCUGCUUAUAAAAGUCCUUAACUAAUAAUAUUUACUGUUUACCGUCUCUCAUAAAGAGCUCGGUGUCGUAUAGAUAGAGUUACACACGCAUCAGAUGUAUAGAACAGAAUGGUUGUACGCUGCUACUCAGAGUUUCGCGCUUAAGCGAUCAUCAAGAGUUAAAGUUCUCAACUACCUUGUAUAAUACACAAUUAUGGGCUGUGUACACUAUGCAUUACAAAUUAGAUCUUAUUGUCAAUUAUACGCUAGUCUAAAAAGGGUUUUCAGUAGAGAUUUGCCAUGGGAGUCCUUUGCAUUCCUAACUCCAUAUGGCAGAUCAUUGCACAAAGUAGGCCCCGCAUGUCGGAAAGAAUAUUAGCGUAUUGCUAAACCUAAGUGUGCUCCUAGACGCCCCUUUGUAAUUUUGCUACCCCAAUCAUAUUUACUUGCUAUCUUUUCUGGAGAAAAAAGCCCGCUGGGGUUGUUAGACAGGGUUGUUCCUAGGUGUGUGUCAUUUAUCAUCAUUUUCAAAAUAUGUUCAAAUAGAUUGGUGCCUUUCGGUUAAACAGCAUUCAGCACAGGUCCAGCAUCAUUCUGUAUACUGUUUAAUUUCUUAAAGUACCGAGGCACGCCAUAUUAUACGCCAUAUUAUAAAGAGUUGCAAUACCUAAUCUAAAUUGCUUGUGAUUAAAGCAUGCACAAGUGUCCCAGUAGCCACUGAUAACAGCAAUCGGCUGUACCUCCAACUUUGACUCCAUCAAGAGCUUUUUCAUCAUUUAUAAUCGUGUAUCUGUAUUCAUCGUAGAACACAUUACCUCUGAAGAUUUGCCGAAACGUUCAUACUCGAAUUAUGUCUCUAGGGUUGAAUAGUCAAUGAAUAGUCUUGUACAUGUUUUUCAUAUGAUAUAAAAUAAAAAGUAA